ACUAAAUAAGGAAGUUAUAACUUGUAUUAUUGGUCUGAAACGAUACAGAGUCGAUAGAAGUAGCUUCACAAGGACUGUAAGUGCAUGGACAAUUUGACCACGUCCAAUAGAAUUUUGGACUGUAGUAAUUAAUCACCAUGGAGCUCGUCCAGGACCUGUUUCUGACGGCGUCGCUGGCUCUGAUCCUCUCGUUCCUCGUCGCCAAGCUCGUCGCCAUGGCGGUUGCUGGCCGGGAAUCGGAGCCGGAAUUCGGGGAUGGCGGCGGUGAAGGAGUUGGUGCGGAGGAGGUCAGCUUCGAAGAGAGGAGGCUGAAAGUGGAAGGGGCUUUUCGCAGUCAGAGGAGCGUGGAGUUUGUCGGACAAGUGAAUGUCCUUCGAUUCGAAGGGGAAACGGUUCAUCGGGCUGAGGAGAUUGCAGAGCCACUGCAGGAUCGUCGAGAAGGCCGCGGAUUGCCGGAGGAGGUGUUGGAGGAAGAGUCGGUGGAGGUUAGAUUGCCGGAGAAGUCGUCAGCGGCGGUUGGAUUGCCGGAGAAGUCGUCAGCGGCGGUUGGAUUGCCGGAGAAGUCGUCGGAUGGCGGGGACAAGCUUUCGGUGGAGAAAGCGAUGGAGUUUGAUCGCGGAAGCUCGGAUAACAGCGAAGUGGAAGAAAUUGGCGCGAAAUCAGCAGGAAACGAAGUCGUUGCCGAACAAUCGGAGGAGGUUAGGGUUGCGGAUUCCGAUGAAGCUAAGGAGAAGGCACACGUGGCGGCCAGUGAGUUUAAAUCGGGAAAUUUCAGUGACGAGGAUGAUUGGGAAGGGAUUGAGAAGAGUGAGCUGGAUGAUGAAUAUGCUGCGGCGGUGAGAUCUGAGGGACACGAUUGAUCGGUUGGCGAAUGGCCGUGGCCAUGUAUGUGCAGGUAUCCAACGGCUCUCAACUGUUGAGAGUGUGGCAAGUGGUACUAGACUUUCUGUUAUCUCUCUCCCUCUGUUAAUAUAAUUAAUUUGUGUAGCUAUCCAUAUCUGUGUACUUGUUUUCACUUGUCUCGAUUCUGGAAAAUUGAUGGAAAUACAACCAAGAUAUAUAAACACCAUUAUCAACAACAUCAGCGCCUUAUCGCACUAAGUAGGGGCGGAAAUUCCCAAAAAAAAAAACAAGAAUAAAAUGGCAAUGUGUGUGAAAUGAAAUAUGAGAACGUAUGAGCGUAUUCAUGUUGUUGUAA